AUGAACCUGCAAGCGUGUGAGUCUCGGAUCCGGAUCAGCAAGGAGCAAGCCCUUAAAGGCAAGAAAGUCUGGGCACAGAUCCCAGUGAAAGCCAUGUCCCUUCCCCCACAUAACUUCAGCGAGAUCAAUCAGGAUCUUUCUGCAAACUGCAAGUCCGGCACUGCGUUCUUUGAUGCACCUAUUCCUGGCGCUGAUCCCGGCCUGCUCUCGAAGAAAGCCCCGGCCACCCAGUCGGCUCCGCUGAAAGCUGACGUCCUGAGGGCUCAUGAUCGGUUGAAAGACUCGAUGAGCCAGAUUGCAGCUAAC